CAUUAUUCCCACACAGCAUAGCAGAACUGGGGAUGAGGAAACUCGCGCACAGGCACAGUUCGGGCCGUCCUCGUACCACACUCGGGAAACGGACAUCGGUGUAGUCAGUUAUUCUGAAGAUCUCAGUUGAAGCGAAAAUGACGACGCUGGCACCGGAGCCGCGUCCCCACACGCAGCUCGCUUCUGCCGCGGCAGGCGCGACCCUCGGCGGGGUAGGCUCCGGGACGAGCGUGUCUCUGAACCGUGGCUUGGAGCGCGCGCUGGAGGAGGCAGCCAGCUCCGGCCGUCUCAACCUCAGCAGCAGAAAGCUGAAGGAGUUUCCGAAGAGUGCGGCCAACUACGACCUCACGGACACCGUAGAUGCAGAUUUGUCGAAGAAUCGUUUGACGGAUGUCCCGUCUGAAGUGUGUCAUCUGGUCGCCUUGGAGACGCUGAAUCUCUAUCACAACUGUAUCAAGAGUGUCCCUGACUCCCUGAUCACACUACACACACUCACCAACCUCAACCUCAGUCGUAACCAGCUGUGUGUGUUGCCAGCGUGUGUGUGCGGACUCCCUCUGCGCGUUCUCAACGUCUCCAACAACAAGCUCAACACACUCCCCGACUGCAUCAGCCAGCUACACACACUCAUGGAGCUGGAUGUGAGUUGUAAUGAGAUCACGGCUCUUCCACGGCAUAUCGGGCGUCUUCGAGCACUCAGAGAGUUAAACGUCAGAAGAAACCUGCUCUGCGUCUUACCAGAUGACUUGGCUUAUCUCCCGCUGGUCAAGUUUGAUUUCUCCUGUAAUAAGGUGUCCACCAUCCCCACCUGUUUCCGCAAGAUGCUCAAACUGCAGAUUAUGCAGCUGGACCACAACCCACUACAGAGUCCACCAGCUCAGGUGUGUAUGCGGGGGAUGGUGCACAUCUUUAAGUACCUGGCGUUGGAGGCGUGUCGAGGGGAGAAGCUGGAUGUCCUCUACCUGCCCGUCAACGACAAGCUCCGCCUCUCACGGCCUGGGGCUGGCAGUGUUGAGGAUAUGGGGCGGAAGCACGAUAGUGAUUCUGGACUCGGCAGCGACAACGGAGACAAGCGCCUUUCAGCUACAGAGCCCUCAGAUGAGGACAGUCUGUCGGUGCAGAUGAGCCACAUUAGAGAGGAGGAGGGGCUUAACAGAGACGACUCCACUGACCAAAUUAGCAGCCUGACAGCAGACCCAGCGUGUGUGUUGGACAGGAGUCCAUCAGAUUCUCUACAGCUCAGCUAUCAGGAGUCAGAGCUCAACUCUCCAUUCAUCAACUACAUUAAGAGUCGAGCAGGUGAUUUUGACGAGCCCCUGAGGAUAGAAGAGGACAUUAAUUGGGCCACAGAGACAACGGCAGAGGUACAGUUGAUCCAGCAGCUGAAAGAGGCUGUGGAACUCCUGCAGCACCCUAGCAGGGUGAACAUGACCUCAGGAGUGCGGGUGUAUCCAGCAGAGCUUGUGUCAGUGGAAGAAUCCCUAAAUGGACAAGAGAGUGAAAAUGGGACACUGACACCCAAGAAGCCCAGUGCUCUGUGGGAGUUUCAGAAGGUGCGGGUCCUCAUUCUGGAGCGGGCCAAGCAGGAGGCUCAGCUGGCCUGUGGACGGAGACACACACUCCUGACGCAGACUGGACAGAGGAGGCCGAGCGAGGAGUCUGGUGCUCACAGCUCAAGGACUGAAGGAAACACCCCAGCAACAUUUAGUUUGCCACCCUUUGGCCUAAAGCCUCGUUCAGCCCCUUCCUCUAUGUGCUGCUCCCCGCCCCCUCAGAACCUGUCCAUCUUACCGGCCACUCCCCCUAACGCAACUACAGGAGCAGAAAAGAAUGUGUUUCUCAGAUCUCAUAAGUCUGCAGAGGCUGUGGAUCCUCAGUUCACCAUGAGGAGAAAGAUGGAGCAGCUGAGAGAGGAGAUGGAGCAGAUGGAACAACUACGCCAGAACAUUGAGAGCAGACUGAAGGUGUCUCUCCCGGAGGACCUUGGCUCCGCCCUGAUGGAUGGAGUGGUGCUGUGCCAUCUGGCCAAUCACAUCAGGCCGCGCUCCAUCGCCAGCAUCCAUGUGCCCUCCCCCGCAGUGCCAAAGCUUAGUAUGGCAAAAUGCCGCAGAAAUGUGGAGAACUUUCUGGAUGCCUGUCGGAAGAUGGGCGUGCCAGAGUCGUCUCUGUGUUCGGCGUACGACGUCCUGCAGUGCCGGCUACGUCCAGUAGGGGCCGCCGUGUGCUCUGUGCUGGAGUGCGUCAGCACGGCCGAGAGAGAGGGGGAGGGAGGGAAGGAGAGGAGGGAGGAUGGAGAGAGAGAGAAGGGGAGAGAAGUGGAGAGAGAGAAGACCUCUCUGGCCCCUCCCCCUACAUGGCGGAUCUGGGAUCUGAUUGGCUCCAGCUUGCUCCACCUACUCUGUCUCCUGCUUCUGUUCCUGGCCUACAGCUGGAGUGAACUCACCUAGUACACACACACACAUCUAAUACACACACACACACACACCUAGUACACACACACAUC